CGCACAAAACCAGCAACUUCCCCCCCACAAAAAAAAAAAAAAAAAACAGGAAAAGAGUUUCGAAACUCGAGCUCAAGCCUUCUCGUCCUUUCUUCCCUGUCCAAUCUGCAAUUAGGGUUUGGACCUGCGCGCAAACCCUAGAAAGCCACCGCAGCUCACCACCGAUGAGAUAGCUUUGCUCAAUCAUACGUUACGGCGAUUCCAUUUCUUUCGCUCGGAUUUCAGCCCAAUCCGAUCUCCGUUAGGGUUUUAGUCUUCGCGGAGGAACCAGACCAUGGCGGAGCACUUGGCAUCGAUCUUCGGCACCGAAAAGGACCGCGUGAACUGCCCCUUCUACUUUAAGAUCGGCGCCUGCCGCCACGGCGACCGCUGCUCCCGCCUCCACAACCGGCCGACCAUCUCGCCCACGCUCCUCCUCUCCAACAUGUACCAGCGGCCGGACAUGAUCACCCCCGGGGUCGACGCGCAGGGCCAGCCGAUCGACCCCAGGAAGAUCCAGGAGCACUUCGAGGACUUCUACGAGGACAUCUUCGAGGAGCUGAGCAAGUUCGGCGAGAUCGAGUCCCUCAACGUCUGCGACAACCUCGCCGACCACAUGAUCGGCAACGUCUACGUCCAGUUCAAGGAGGAGGACCAGGCCGCCGCCGCGCUGCAGGCCUUGCAAGGGAGGUUCUACUCCGGCCGCCCGAUUAUUGCCGAUUUCUCGCCGGUGACUGAUUUCCGCGAGGCCACGUGCAGGCAGUUCGAGGAGAAUAACUGCAACCGGGGCGGUUAUUGCAAUUUCAUGCACGUCAAGAUGAUCGGGAGGGAAUUGAGGAGGAGGCUGUUUGGGAGGUACUCGUACCGGGGGUAUCGAGGGGCGAGGAGCAGGAGCAGGAGCAUGAGCCCUACUAGGCACAGGAGGGAGCAUGAUCGGCGUGAGAGGGAACAUAAGGACCGUGAUUACCGCGGCAAUGGGAGGCGCGGAAGCGGGGAGCGGUACGAUAAGCACGAGAGAGAUGGAGGAGGUAGGAGGCGGCAUGGGAGCCCGAGGAGGAGCCGCAGUCCGGUUAGGGAAGGGAGCGAGGAGCGUAGAGCCCGGAUUGAGCAGUGGAAUAGAGAGAGGGAAGAGAGGCAGUGAUUUGAAAGUGAAGCUGGAGUUUGCAUUUCGGUUCUUGAACUUGAUGCAAUUUUUAGGUAUCACCGGGAUCUCAAAGUCGGUGCUUCAUGGACAGAGUAUCUUAUUUCUUUCCUCGCCUUAACUUGACUUUUUCCCUUUUCCUUCUCUAAUAUCGUUUCACCCAUCUUUUAGGGCCAUUUUUGGUAGCUUUCAGAAUUGGUUAGGUCAACUCAAGUUGGUUCAAAAAGGAGAGUUGUCCCCGGUAUCUGCUGUAUAUUAUGAUCCUAUAUUCUUCCGAUCUUGAAAAUCUGAUUUUGCAGGGCACAGAGUAACCUAGUGUUUUUUCUUAAUACAACCUAUCCUUGUUCGAGUUUUUGUCCCUCUGCAUGUCACAGACAGGUUUUCAGGUUUUUGCUGCUGAGAAUUGAAUCCAUUACAAGGAGCCCAUAUAAGUGCUGACUCUUUCUGUGUCUUUUAGCUGCAGUGCAGCAGUAGGAUCGUUUUUAAAGAUGCCAAAAGCUAUGGCGCAAUUUCCCUCUACAACUUAAUAAAGUUAUAACCUCCCUCUAACUAAAGCUGCAGAGGCUGUUCACUCCAUCAUCUCGACAAAUGAGGUUAAUGGGCAGAUGCAUGUUGUUGUGUUUUAGAAUAGUCGGAGUUGGUUAAUAAAGGUUGUGUGUGGAAUACAAAAACCUCCUGGAGUGAGAGAUCUUCAGACUAAUGAUAUCUUGAGAGGACAGGCACGGCGGAGCAGUAGUCUCAUUUUCCUUUUUUUUCCUCUCCUCUGGCCUGGACAUCACUUGAUCACCCAACCGGCAUUUCUUUAUUUGAAACAUAUAUGUGCAAAUAAGGUUUUGCACUAAUUUCCUAGUUGAUUGAAAUGAAUUUUUCUUAGGUAGUGAAUGGAUUCUAGAGGUUUGAUAAGCUAUUCUUCUUGCUGUUUAGCAAAUUCAUUGAAUGCCCAUUUGGAUGAUAUUUCACUACUGGGAAAGGCCUCUUGUGACACUCUCCACUGCGAAUUCUUUUGAGAAUUUUCAGUUUUUGCAAGUUUUUCUUUCUCUUGAUCCGUCUGUCCCUACAUAAUUGGCCUCCUCUGUAGCAAAGCACCAAGUCCACAGCAUUUAUAACCUCACUCGAUUGUUUACAGUCAUUUUCCUUGUGAGAUGCCUUUUAUAAUUUGACAGCUGACAUUGCCGAGGUAUCUGUUGUCUUUCUUUGGGCAUUACUGGAUAAGACUUCUGUCUUUUGCUUUUUCUUUACUCUAAAACUUGCGGUGGACCAAUUUUAACUUUUCCUUGUCUCAAACACCUGAAAUUUUGACAUUAUAUAAAUGUCGAUAUGUAAAUUCACAUGGGAUUUUUGGAUAACAAUUGAUGUUUGGAUAAUAUUAUAAAUUUGGGAGGGAAAGGAAAAAAAUGACUAUUUGCUUCUUUCUAUUUUUCCCCAAUGUGACUUUGUUUGUCAGCAAGCCUUUGCUUAAGCUGACUCUACUAUUUUUCGCGUGUGAUUUCUCUCUUUUUAAUUUCUGCGAAGGAUGUCAAUUUGCCAUUUUAUGCCGUUGUUUCUGUUGGAAGUGCAAUUCAGCAACAUAUCAAGAGAUCAUUUGGCAGGUCUUUGCUUGUUCUUGACUUGAUGCAUUAUUCGUUGCAAUUUCUGUGUUGAGUUCCUUCUGGCAAGGUUGGCGAGAUGUAUUGGCAUUUGGCAAUAAAGCAUGACUAACUUUCCUCCAGUUGGGAUAAGUCGACAUCAGUUUCUCCUCUAGCAGUUCGCAGCUAGAAUUUGAGCAAUAGUCACUGGAUUAAGUCCCUUACCUUUUGCGUUCAUGAAGUCCUGAUCUUUUAGAUACUAUUUUGCCCCAUGUGAGUCGCAAGUCAUUUCCUUCAGGAUCAUCUGUCGGACUGAGAAGUGUCUGCAACGGACGUAAGGUUGGAGUUUGAACAAGGAUCAAAAUGAUGGUCUCUUUCCCUUCCAUAGGUAAAAAUUUUCAGAUUUUUCAGAAUACAUAGUUUGAGGGGAAAGAUGAAUGUGCGGACGUUACAGUGUUAUGGUGUCUGGAUGGUUAUUUCCAGCUGGCCGGACGACAAUAGAUGGUUGUGCAAACAGAAGAAUUGAAGUGAGGUUAUGUUCGACCAUGUCGAAAAUUGUCGAUUCGUUAUAUAAUGCCCUUUAAUUAAUGUCAUAGGAGAAUGCAGCAGCGUUGUACGA